AUGUCCAAUAACAAUAGUCGCAUUGAAUCACUUCUUUUUGACUACAAAACAUCUAGUCUAAGGGACUACAAUGAUGGUCAGAUUUUACCGAUUACUGAAACUAAAUAUAUUGAUAAAGAAGUUUGCUUAAGAAUACCGCCCGCUCCUCUUAAAUAUAUUCACACUCUGAGUAAUUGGAAACCAGGCGGCAGGGUCUCAGUGGAUCUAUUUGUGAGGCCUAAGGAUGUAGUGAGAACGAAUCCUAGGGAUGUGCAGCAAAGAUAUGAGCGCCCGCAAGAUAUUGAACACAAGAACAUAUUAAAGUCUAGGCCUCGCCUCGUGAUGACACCGGCUGUUUGUAUGGACGACAUUCAAUUAGAAAAACGCGAGAAAUUCAUUAAAGACUUCUACUCGACGACAAAAAAUGUAACAAUGAGGGUUCCUCCUUCGAAUAAUAUUAAAGCAUCAUUUCCCGGUACGCCGGCACCAGCGAAUCCGAUAACUAUACCGAAUAUCAGAGCACCGUACGUAUCUCCAGAGUGGAGGAUGGAGUCAGUUUCGUGGGACGGCAAGCAAUUAAGGGCAUUCGCUGAACCGAACAAAGAAUUUUGGCUCGCUAAAACACCUCAUUUUGUAUCGUUCAGAUGCCAAGUGUGCGACGAAACCGCGGCCCGUUUAGCGAACAAGAAAACACGGAAUCAUGGAAAUUGA